AUGGCCUCCGAAGUUUACCCCCAAACCACCACCACCAACACACCAACACCACAACCAAUAAAGAAUGUUCAAGCCGACUCUUAUAGUCUUCUUUGGAAGAAGGCUACACAAGAUAAAAGAAGAACUCCACUAAAUGAAUUGAUUACUUUCGAUUGGUCAAGAGAUGAUCAGUCAGUUGGUAAAUUUAUAGAGUUUGUUAUCAAUUUGGUUACAUUCAAUCAGAGUUAUGCAAUCGAUGCAUUCACUCUGCUGGGCACUGCAUUCGAACCUUAUAAACAGGCACUUGCCAACGGCACCAAAGUAGACUAUGAAAAGUGGGAGAAGAUCUCAAUGAAGGUUCACUUCUCACUGAACAAGAUCGUCAGUGUACUACCACUCAGCUCACCAAGUCUAGCAGAUAUUUUAAUUCAGAAAUUCCCACACACCAUUCACCCACUUGAAGUACACCACUUUUUCCUCAAACACGUCCUUUUGGUAACUCGUUACUGUCCAUCCAUUUCCUCAAAAAUAAUUGCCGCCGCCGUAAAUACACUAGUUUUAAUAGAUACAUCCAUUACAAUUGAAGAAAUACCUGGAGAUGAUGAGUUGCAGUUUGAUGAUUUCGAAGGAACUGGAAAGUCAGAUUCGACCAAUGAACAACAAGAAAAGAAUACAAUCAACGCUCAGAAGCUGGAUGGUUUGAUGCUUUUGAUGUUCCAGUAUUUGGAUGCACGUUUCGGUAAGGGCAAGGAAGGAAAUAUUUUUGUGAUCGGUGGAAUCAACGAUGCCGAGACCAGUCAGAUGGACGAAGUUUUCCAUUCCCUAGUGAAAGCAUUCGAUUCCAGUGUCCUACCAACCUACAAGAGUAAAUAUACACAGUUUCUGUUGUUGUAUGCCUCACGCUUCCAGCAGUUUGGAUCUACUUUUACACCACUCGAUUUCAAUACAACGCUGUUGGUGGCGCAAUCCAAGCCGUCACAGAGUCCAACGCGACCUCAGCGCUGGGCGGCACCCGGUAUUCUCAUGGCAGAGUCAUACAUCCGUUACCUCUGUGGAAAGCUGGCAAACGAGACCGUUCCAUCCAUUCUCAGACAAUCACGACUAUCCAAACGGCGUGCAGCCAGAGAAACACCGCGAACUCUUCCAGGAUCUCCACGAAGCGUUCCAAAAGAUCUCGUUCUCCCGAUUGAAUCCGUUCAAAAUCUGCUCAAAGAAUGUCGUCAAGCAGUUCUGCGCGGUGUGUCUGCGUCGCAAUCCUCAAAGUUUGUCGAUGGCUGCUACCUACAUUGGAGCGACGUCAAGAAGGACGACGACGACAUCGACCUCGAGGAGAUGUCCGACAACGAAGAAGAGGAAGAGCAAGACGACAACGACAAGAAGAAGGACGACACUGACUCUGAAUUCGAUGAUUUCGAUGAGGACGACUCUGACUCUGAAUCAGAGUCAGAUGAAGACGACUCUGACGACGACGAAUCUUACACAUCGGAAAUCGACCAACUCACAGAAGAUUUCAGAUCAUUCACCCCAAACACUGGUAUGCCCGAUGUAGCUCAACAGCAUUUUAAAAGCAGAGGUUUCUUAAAUUAA